AUGACAGGGAAUAGUCGUGGUUAUAGAGAUCCACGUAGAUCACUGUUAAUAAGAUCUUUGAGAUUUGAGACGCCACCGUCAUUAGUUCGCAGAGUAUUUGAGAGAUUCGGACAAAUACGUGAUGUAUAUUUACCAGUUGACUUUCAUACAAAAAGACCACGAGGUUUUGGAUUUGUUGAAUAUGUAGAAGAAUCAGAUGCCUUAGCUGCAAUUCAACGUAUGAAUGGAGCAAAUUUAGAUGGUUCUCAAAUCCAUGUAACUUUUGCUCAAGAAGGAAGGAAGUCUCCAGAAUCUAUGAGACAUAGAGAUAAUGAGAAUUACUAUACUAGAAGAUCAAUUGAUUCAAGAUAUAAUAGUUCUCAUUAUCGUUUUGAUCCAUAUAGACGUCAUUCAUCUUAUAGAUCAAGAGAUUUCCAUUAUUCUAGAAGAUCUAAAUCACCUUAUAUAAGAGAUGAUAGGAGAUAUAGUGAUAGAAGAUAUGAUUAUAGAAGAAUUGAUGAUAGGAGAAAAUAUAAUGAUAAUUAUCGAAGUGGGCAUCAUUAUAUAAGAAGAGAAGAAGAAAGAAGUGUAGAGACAGAUUCUGAUGUUUCUCAUUGGAAAUCAAGUAAUAGAGAGAAUACCGGUACAGAAAUGAGAGAUAUAUCUAGUGAAAUUAACUAUGAUAAUGUCAGAAGUUAUUCACCUGUUAAUAGAAGGUGUGUAUCGGUCUCACAUUCAGAAAGUCCAGCUAAUUAG